GAGAAUCGUUGAACCUAUUCAGUUGAGCGGCAGUGUAUGUGUAAUCUCAAAGCUAAACCGAGACACACCGGCUGAUUAAAAGGAGGCUGACGAACUAUGGAUCGUAGAACGAGGAGGGUUCAGCGAGAGGUGCGCAUCGGCAACUACAGGGUGCUGAGAAGGAUUGGAGGUGGAUCUUUCGGUGACAUUUACGAGGGCGUUUACGUGCACAGCGGCGCCAAGGUGGCCAUCAAGGUGGAGAGCACCAAGGCACGUCAUCCACAGUUGAGCUUCGAGCGACGGCUUUACCGCUGCCUGAGAAGGGCGCCGGGCGUGCCGCACGUGCGCUACUUUUACAAGUCGGAGCACUUUCAAGCCAUGGUCAUGGAUCUGCUGGGGCCGUCUUUGGAGGUCCUCUUCAAUGCCUGCGUCCGCCUCUUCACCAUGAAGACGGUGCUGAUGCUGGUGGACCAAAUGCUGCAGCGCAUCCAAUAUGUGCACAAUCGAGGCUUCAUACAUCGCGACAUCAAGCCGGAUAACUUCCUGAUGGGUGUGGGCAGACGGAGCAAGACGCUCUAUAUCAUCGAUUUUGGGCUAUCGAAGAAGUAUCGCGAUCUCACCACUGGCGUGCAUAUACCAUAUCGCGAGAACCGUUGCCUGACCGGCACCGCACGCUUCUCCUCCAUAUAUGCCCACCAGGGUGUGGAGCAGUCGCGACGCGACGAUCUCGUAUCGCUGGGCUAUGUCUUCAUCUAUUUUCUGCACGGUCGCCUGCCCUGGCAGGGCCUCAAGGCGGCCAACAAGCGACAGAAAUACGAACGCAUUUUGGAGCUGAAGAUAAGCAUCUCCAUUGAGGAGCUCUGCGCCGGCUACCCCAGCGAGUUCUCCAUCUAUCUGAGCUAUGCCCGGGGUCUGCAGUUCGACGAGAAACCCGACUAUGUCAUGCUGCGCAAAAUGUUCAAAACUUUGCGCAAAUCUCUUGGCUUCCCCAAGGACGGCAUCUACGACUGGGAUAUGCUCAAGACCAUACCGCUUCACACCCAGAGAAAUCGCGGCAGAGACUUCAGAGCCUAUCCAUUGCGUGCCAGGUGCGACGAUGGUGCCAGUGGCUCUCCGGUAGUUCGCAAUGAGAACGCCAAUAUAUGGAACUAGCCCCGAACUCCCACAACCCAAGUACAAGCGAUAGACAUAAAAAGUGAAGCAUUAAAUUUGGAAUUAAUUGACAAUUUAUAGAAGCUUAUUGAGCUUACGAAAACGAAAUUAAAUUAUUGCGAGCAUGUA